ACUCUAAGUGGCCGUGGUGCGAGCGUGCGAAGGUAUCGCUCCAAAUCACAGAGACCAUGCGAUUUGUGUCGGUCUCGCAAAGUUCACUGCAAUAUCCCUGAUCCAUCCCAGCCAUGUACACUUUGCGAGCGUACUAGGCGAUCUUGCACAUUUGUGGAAAAGCCGAAUCGUAGGCCCACCAAGAAACAAGCUCAAGACUUCGGCACACUGUCGCAAUCCCCUCGACCUGACGGGUUCUCGGGAUCUAUUGCCGGUGGCAUAGUCCCCUGUACAUCUAUCGACACACAGACGCCGCCCUCCAUUGUUCCACCAUCUCAGGAUGAUAUUCAAUCUCAACGACUUCCAGGCACAGAUGAUGGUUUUCUAUCCGACAUCCAUGGUGUGCCCAACGAAUCACUCCUCGACAGUUCCCUGAUCGCAACUGGCUGGCCUCGUGAUGACGGCGUUGACUGGCCCACGUUCAACAAUGAAGAUUUCCAGGAUAUGCUUGAUCAUUUUGGGCGAGAAAACGUCUCGGAACUCCUGCCUACUGACUCAACCGGCCGCCUUGGUCUCAAUACUGCCGAUCAGACUCCAUCACCGUCACAUUCUAGCCAACCUGAAGGCUUGGAAGAGUUGACCUUCGAUCAAAAGCCCGACUUCUCCUGUCAACUUUUUGGGUUUUCGGGCGAGUCCGACCCGUUCCUUCUGCGAAAUUAUCCGUACGACGACUCAGGUGAAGUGAAGUUCUUCAGGCUGAUUUAUAGAAUGGCAUCCAAUACAGCCGCUGGCCCCGAACCUGACCAACAGGGGACGAGCUUGGCCGGAGCCGUGCCUGUUUACUUUCUGCAAAACCAUAGCCAAACAGUAUCUCGGUCUUUGCAAGCUAUCGAAAAGUGCAUGUUCGAACAAGACAAAUGCGAUCCAAGAAUCCAACUCGACAAUCUCGUGAGUCCAGAGAUGGGAGUCGGACUAGUGAAGCUGUAUUUUCGGCACAUCUUUCAUGCUCUCCCGGUCCUUUCUCGGUCCUUCGUUUUUCGAGAUAUCGAAGCCUUCGUGAAAAAUGCCUCAGUUGGGCUUCUUGCCGCGAUAUACGCGCUUUCACUACAAUUCACUGCAUGGGAUGACAUUCUUUGCGUUGACAGUGGCUAUACCAAACCAUCCACGGACGACUUGUGGGGUAUAUCAUAUGCCUGUGUGCAGAGAGAGAUGCACUUUCCACGCCUAUCAACAAUCCAGACUUCUCUUUUACUCCUCAACUUCGACCCUUUCGAUCCAGCUUCCGCAGAGAAUCCUUCGGCGUGGGCUUUGGCAAACUCGACGUUAGCUAUUGCUCAGUCUUUGGGAUUGAAUAUGAAUCCUAUAGGCUGGGAUUUACCCAUCUGGGAGAUUCGCCUCCGGCGACGCCUGUGGUGGUGUGUUCUUGUCGAACACAGCUGGCGAGCCAUCACCCAUGGACGGCAGUCAAUAAUUUCCUACGAUAGCUGGAAUGUGACCCCUCUCACCUUGGCUGACUUUGAAGUCAACCUGGAUCCUGGAGCUGGGCUUGGAGUGGAUGAAGUUUGUCCGGAUUACUUUAUGCAUCUUAGUUUACUCACAAUCAUCGCCAACGAUUUGUGUCGGACCUUCUUCUCUCUCCGCUCUGUCUGUCAAAAACAACCUUUGGAUAGCUUGAUAGAUCAAGCCCGAGUGUUUCGCCAGCAACUACAUCAGUGGAUCGGUGCCCUGCCAGAGUCACUCCAGAUGCCAGCACCAGCGAGGACAAACUCAGAAACAGAGGAAGAACCAGUCGAUACCCGCGGUAGCUUGCACAUCUCAUACUUCACAGUUCAAAUCUUGCUUUUCCGUGCUCUUUUACGACCAAUACUCGACGACAAAAUAGGGCUAGACCACCUUCAAGCCUCGGUUGCAGCUAUCCUAGACGCAUCGCGAGGCUUGAUUCGCGCUGUGACUCGUUUCAUCUACAGCCUCGAUGUCAGGCAUCAAUCAGCCUUCUGGCCGACUUAUACGAGAUCAUGCUUCUCUUAUCCUGGGCAAUUCAGUUUCAUGCUAUGUUUCCAGCACAGAGAGCCGCAUAUGAUGAUUGAUGACCAAAAGCUCUUGGGUGUUUGGAGACAAACAUUGCGUACACGGGCUCCGUCUUGGCCAUUUCUUCGUUUUGCGGCUAUUCGAGUUGAUGGCAUCUAUUGGAAAAACUUGGUCAAUGUCGCAGCUGCUUCUCACACUGUUGAUACCUCAACAUGA